AUGUCUACCAGCAGUUGUAGUUUCGAGGACCGGUGCGUGUCCAUCCUGUCUUGCAAAUUCUGUAAGCAAGUGCUCAGCUCUCGGGGAAUGAAGGCUGUUUUGCUGGCCGACACAGAAAUAGACCUUUUCUCAACAGACAUCCCUCCUACCAACACAGUGGACUUAAUAGGAAGAUGCUAUUAUACUGAAAUCUGCAGAUGUAAACUGAAGGACAUCGCAUGUUUAAAAUGUGGAAACAUUGUGGGCUAUCAUGUGAUUGUUCCAUGUUGCUCCUGCCUUCUUUCCUGUAACAAUGGGCACUUCUGGAUGUUUCGCAGCCAGGCAGUUUAUGGUAUUAACAGACUAGACUCUACUGGUGUUAACUUCCUACUUUGGGGCAACUUGCCAGAGCUAGAAGAGAGUGCAGAUGAAGACAUGUUAGAUAUCUCAGCAGAGGAGUGUAUUAGAUGA